UGGAUUUCUAUGACAAUAAAGUUCACGACCUAGAGAAAGUGUGAUAUCAUCUUUAGAAUGGACUUCUAUGAAAAUUAAGUUCAAAACAUAAAUAAGUGUUUAAAUGGUUUUCUAUUAAAAGGGGGAUUGAUUUGGCAUAUAUAAAAAUACAGGGUCACAUUUUGACAGACAUGUACACUAUAUGGCCAAAAGUAUGUGGACACUUGACCAUCACACCCAUAUGUGGUUCUUCUCCAAACUGUUGCCACAAAGUUGGAAGCACACACUUGUAUAGAAUGUUUUUGUUUGCUGUACCAUUACAAUUUUCCUCCACUGGAACUAAGAAGCCCAAACCUGUUCCAACAUGACAAUGCCCCUGUGCACAAAGCGAGCUCCAUGAAGACAUAAUGUGCCAAGGUUGGAGUGGAAGAACUUGAGUGGCCUGCACAGAGCCCUGAUUUCAACCCCACUGAACACCUUUGGGAUAAAUUGGAAUGCAGACUGCACCCAAGGCCUUCUUGACCAACAUCAGUGUCUGACCUCACUAAUGCUUUUUUUUGGCUGAAUGGACAAAUCCCCACAGCUCCAAAAUCUAGUGGAAUGCCUUCCCAGAGAGUGUAUAUGUUAUUGUAGCAGCAACGGGGGGGAAAUGGGAUGUUCAAAAAGCAUAUAUGCUUUUGUAUGAAGAAGCUGGUGAAAUAAAAUGGAAAAUGGAAGUGUUGUUACUCUUUCAGCUACUCCUGUUUGUGGUCGCCACUGAGGAUCAUUGGUCUGUGUUAUUUGAUUUGAUGCAGUUUUUAUGCCGGAUGCCCUUCCUGACGCAACCCUCCCCAAUUUUAUCCAGGCUUGGGACUGGCACUGAGAGUGCACUAUUGCAUGCAACCCCAGUGGCUGGGGUCAGUUCCCUGGCUGGGAAUCGAGCCCGGGCCGCAGCCGGGAGGGCGCUGUGGCCUAACCACUAAUCCUGCAGAGACCCCCAGAAAAUGGAAGAGUAUGUCUUCUGAAAAAUGAACAGAAAUGAUUUCAGAGUGAAUUGUCAUUUAGCCUUCCAGGCUUAGGUGAAACCUACAAUCCUGGUGAACAAGAAAGCUCCUACACAUAUGUGACUUUGUUUAUUCAGUGCUAUCUUUCUCCCUAUACAGGAGUCAAUCUGGAAAGGACACUUCAUCUCAGUAGAAAAGCCUACUCUUGUUGAGAUGUGGGAACAGAUACUUUGCAUGUGAACAUGUCCACAGCCGUCCUCCCAGCAGCACAGUCUUUCAUCCUGCUAUCACACAGCUCAUGGUGAGUGAAGGAUUGUGGACGGGGGAGAUGACUGAGAGCAACUUGUAAGCAGCUUCUAAAGUCUGCCAAGUGCUCUAAUGUUCCUCAGCCCAUUAAAAAGUGCUUUUUUGGAUUUCAGAAAUUCCUCUGCAGCAUUGGACAGAGAGCAAGUGCAGUAAUUCUACUCCUAGUACAUUGCUCCUCCAAGGCAGCUUCAAGCAUAGAGGUUAGGUUCUUGCUGUUCUAGACCUCCUACUGCAUGCUCCAUAUAGUUCUAUAAAAUAUACACCCUUCCAUCCACACACAAGCACAAAUCUCAAAAGAGCUAAAGGGAAAAACAGGGUAUGGGUUGAUCGACCUUGCUCUAAACCAAACUUGUUUAGAGCCUGUGUUACUGGCAACAACACCAACAGCCAGAUCUUCAAAAAUCAAUAAAGCUGACAGAAGUUCUAUCCCUAUAAUGCAAUUUGUCUGCACUGACAAAUAAGUGUUAAAAACGCUAAUGGCAAAUGUAGGUGGCAGAUGGUAUUAUCUAACCAUCUACAGAAGGACAUCUGGCUCACCGAAUCUCAAGUUCAGUGACAGCCAGUGACUCAUGACACAAUUCCAGUGACUUAACACCCCAGAUGCAUAAUUACAAAAUGGUGUGUGAGCCAUUAUCCCAUCUGUCCAGAGGCCAAUAACUGAUGAAACCCUGCACAACAUAUUAUGUUCAUCUGUUAAACAACAGAAUAAAGCCAACACUGACUAUUGCCAGCACCGUCAGAGUGGAGUCCUUAACUACUUCAUCCAACAAUGCUUAUAUGGUUAACAAUAAAUUAGCACACAGCUUUAAUGACAGUUAACUGCAAACGGCUAUCAUAUUUCAUUUGCAGAAAGCUAAUUAUUUCUAAAGGUAUUCCCAAUCAAUAAUUAUUACCAGCUUGCCUAUUUCAGUUAGAGUGUUGAGAAUGCUUAAAGGAUGAUGAUAAGUAGGUUCUCCUAUGAAAUCAUCACCUCAGAGGCAAGGCACACCCGUAGGGCCUUAUAAGAUUCCAGAAAAGAUUGAAAGGUUUCUGGAAACUGAAACUGAAACUGAUGGUAAGUUUGUUUUUUUUUUUUUUUAAAGUUUCAUAGAAUCAUCACACUGUACUGUAGUAAUAGUUUCAUUUUUUGUUAAGCUUUGGCUAGAAAUGGUUAAAAUCUUGAAACACACAAAAAAGGAAAAUUAUCCAGUUAGCAUAAGCAACCUAGGAUCCCAAUAACCACCAACAGAAUUAGGAAGUGACAGUGAAACCAAUCACGUUUUGGUUUCCAAUGGAUGGGACCAUUUCCAAUAUAUGGCUAAUUGGCAUUGACUUAAUUUCCACACAUGCUGUGGCAUUGAGAAAGCAGUACACCAAGCUUAACCAUAUGCAGAAAUAUCAAAGUGGUGCAAAUGAGGAAGUUUAACAGACAAAUUUGGUUACAGAUUUGCUGUAAAUUUGGGAAAAUAAUUGAGAUAAUGAGGAAUGGAUAUUGCCAUUGUUGUUAUCAACUUACUGGGGAGUUACUAUACGUUUACUUGGCGGUUUUUUGCUUACAUUUGUCACAGUCUUGCUUUUUUUAUGAAUGGCAAUCAGUAGUGUUGUUUGCUAAUACUAGUACAGUGGCUGACUUCUUGAUGGUCAAGUUGAACUGGAGUUGAAUUGUUUUCAUUGCAGUUCACGAUUAUGUUGGAGGUCAAUGUUCUUUUUUAUUUUGAGGCAUCUGUGUGUAUGAUGUCCACACUGUGAAUUAUUCAAUCAAAAUUGUUUUCUUAUCAGCACAGGAUGAAAAAAAGCAAUAAAGCCCUAGAACUUAAACCUAUAGUUUGCCACUGCAUCACAGGUACCAGAGAACAUGUCUGUAGUUUAUAUACUAGACAUAACUCUUGUUGAUAAGAACCUUCUGUGAUGCUCUGUACCGUACUUCCACCAUCUAAGACACAAAUAACAAUGGAACACUUUCUACAGCCCUCUAUUCAAUUUCAGACCCAUAGGUAUUGUAGCAAUUUGUGACUCUGUGUGUGUGGGUGUGUGUCUAACACUUUCCUUAAGAAAACUAUGGUAUUUUGGGUAGGCGUGUGCAAUAUUAAUUUUCCCUACCAUUUAAAAAAAAUUGUGAUUAACAAUUUCAUCAUCCAGAACCGAUAGCUCAAAAAAAAGACAGGAAAACAAACUUUUGCACCAUCACAGGCUUAGGUAGAGUAGGCAAGGGCAUAAUAAUAUUACCAGUUGUGUAGUACUGGGAGCUGCUUCCCAGGAGAGGCAAUCGCAAAAACCUAAAAAAUGGUGGAUUUUUAGGUUAUUCUGCAGUAAUGCAGAGUAAACAGUAAACACAACAUAACAGGACUUUUUGAUAUAAGCUUAAAGCUCAUAAAAAGCUACUUUAACCAUACUUUUAAAAUUACAGGCCUGAAGGGCUAUUGGUUCUGUUCGACUGUAGUGAAAUUCAAAUAUUAAUGCAACAUUUUGGAUUGAAAUCAGCAACAAGCUUGCCAGUGAAUGUUAGUAAUAACUCUAAUGUUGAUGAUUACCUUCUCAAAACAGCAAUUAGUAUGGUCAGUGUUAGAUUUAACCAAGUACUGUGUCUGUAUAUUAACAGAUCUAAAGCCAAUACUGCUAUAAACUCAUUUGAAAGUAGAGAAGGGGUACUUUACACUGUUCAGUCUGAGCGGCCAUGUUGAUUUGACGUCACUCUGUAAAUGGGGAAGGAAUUGGUAGUUGCGAAGACUACUCCAAGUUGACAAGUUGAAAUUUCAAGUUGAGGGGGUGUUUUCGGUGGCUUAACUGGAUGUAGGCACAAAAUUACAAGUCCCAGCUUGGUUUCUGGGUCAAUGAAAUGCACAUGAUUUAAUGUAGUGCACAUAGAUCUUUGAGAUGUUUUCACUAGCUGACUAAUCAUCAUUGCUGAAAUGUGCAAGUGCAUGAGUUUCUUGGACCACCCACUGAGGUAAACACCUAAAUGCAGACCAUUUAUCCAUUGAGAAACCUAAAGAGGAACAGUAGCAAGGAACACCCAUAUUUUGAUUAUGUCUCCUGAGCUUUGAUUUGCUAGAGAUUUCUCAUAAAAUGGGUUGGGAGAAACAAGUAACAUGCCUCCGGUGCUUCAUAAGUUCCUUUGUCUUGCUUCGCAUUGUAAUGUGAACAACUUCACCUCAAACUCAGCAUAAAUAUCAAAGAGUUCAAAAAACCUACAGAACUGUCAGUCAUUCCAGAUUAAUUUUGCCAGUUGGCUCAUCUCUGGAACAAGACUGAUCUUUUGGUACACUUUUGAGUGAUAACUCAUACUAGCAUACUAUGUUAAAGAACUUAGCUCCUCCACAAAAUGCAUAAAAGAUGGUAGUUCGUGGCAGUGUAAGAUCAUGUAGAGAUGAUUAAACUGUUACCUCACAAAAGCCUAAUCUGGUGUUCAAGCAAUAAAAUUUGGGAAAAGUACUAGGAGUGAGCAUAGUGUACAGACUGUGCAAAGUCUGUACAAACUGAAGGCACUGACGCCAUUAAGAGGAUAAGAUUAUCACUAUCCCCAACAACAUAUUAAUCACAAGCCCAAAGCUAAGCCUGGGAGCCAAAACAUCCAUUUGGAGUCAUAACACCUAAAAGUAGUCUAAAGUGCUAGAGGAGAGUUGCUUUGGUCUCCAAUGUCCCAGUGCCUGUCCUUCUUAGGGACAAACACUUUGCCAUUUUAUAACAAUGUGAGAUCUAAAAACAAGGCACCCAGUGUUUGCCUGUUUAUUUGGGGAUGGUUAGCUCAUUUCCAUUAAUACUUCACUUCCAGGGUGUUAUGAACGCACCACAAUGUGUUGAGCAGCGCGCACACACACACACACACACACACACACACACAAGCCUGCAGGCUGUUAUGAUUGCACCCCUUGUGUUAAGAAUAGGGCUUUGAGAGCAGGAAAGGGAGAGGCAUGACCUAGAAGAAAAGAAUGAAAGCUCACUUUCAUAUGGAGGAAAAGAGAAAGGAAUAAAAGAGAGAGAGUGAGAAUGAAAGAAUGGCAAGAUUAAUGAAGAGGGAUCACCAUCUAAUUCAUGAGGGUUGAAUCAACUGUGCAAGUAGCAAUGCAGUGUCAAAUCAAAGGGGGUGUAUUAUACACACACACACACACACACUCCUGGGGUGCAUAAAUAUGAGUGAAAGUAUCACUAAUAUACAAAUAUCACAUCCACCUUGUCUCCUUCUCCAGCACCCCACAUCAUCCCGAAACCUCCAGCAGCCCUGAUCGAAAGCAUUAAACUGGUUUCGAAGAAGGUCGUGAACUCUGGACUAUGUGUGAGUGUGUGGAGUGACUGAAAAUAAUUCCCUCCACUGAUCCACACUCAUAUUUCAUACCCCACACUGUGAGCCCUCAUUCAGGAGCAUUAUGAGGCCAUGGAGUCCCAGUCUGCUGAGGAAACAAUACAGGCUUAUUUGAAAAAGGCAUCUCAUAAAGAUAGGCUACAGUGAUGCUAGCAUGUGAAAGACCUGCUUGCAGUUUCAUAAGGUCUAUGAACAGACGUUUCCAGUCAAAAGCAAAGGUUACGUAAUCUGUAAAGUAAUUGAUUACAUCUAUCAGCUACAGCCCUCAGCUUGGUUUCUGGGUCAAAUGAAAUGCACAUGAUUUUAACGUAGUGCUCAUAGAUCUUUGAGAUGUUUUCACUAACUGACUAAUAGUCAUUGUUGAAAUGUGCAUGUGCAUGAGAGGUAAAUACCUAAAUGCAGAUGCCAUGUAUCCACUGAGGAACCUAAAGAGGAACAGUAGCAAGGAACUCUAUAAAUGCUUUUAUUGUUUUCUCACCCAUAUUUUGAUUAUGUCUCUUGAGCUUUAAUUGGCUAGCAUUUCCAAAAAGAUUUCUCAUAAUAUGGGCUAGGGGAAGCAAGUAACAUGCCUCCAGUGCUUCAUAAGUUCCAUCGUUUUGCUUUGCGCUGUAAUUUGAACAACUUCACGGAUGUCCAAUGGAAGACUGCAGUCCAGCAAAAAAAAAAAGAAAAAAGUAAAACAGAAUGCUUAGUCUUAUUUUCAUAGCAAAUAUUGGAGCACUGCUGGCGCCUUCACAUAGUGGGCUCUCAUUUCUUGCCUACCCGUAAGCCCCCACAACUGUCCAUUACGAUGGUAGUUAAUGUCUUAAUAGAAUAAGUGUUUGCUGUUUUAAAAAAAAUUUUAUGGGUUGUCCACACCAGCAGGUGUUCCCCAGCACAUUAUUGCUUUGUUUGUUUAUGCCUACCAUCCAGCAGGAGGCCGUGGAUUUUAGUACCCCCGCAGGUUUCCCCUAUUUUAGCCAGUUCUGUGGCAAACCACCAAGCCUGUGUUGUGUAGUAAGGGUGUGUUUACCAGUAAAAGCGCAAGUGCAUUGCUCUUAUGAUGCUUUCUGGUAAAGCUUCUUCCUCGCCAAUGCCACACUGGUGCCAGGAGGUGGAACAACUCCUGAGACAGAUGAACCAGACAGUGGCCAACAACAGAGAGAAGAGAAAGUGAAGCUGGCAGAAAGCAGAGGAUGGCGGCGUGGCCGCAUGGGAUCUGUGUGCCGAGAGUUAAGCAUGCCCAAAUCUUCCCAGGCUAGCCAGCCACAAUGGCGUCUGCCCACAGAAGACGCUCGCUGGCAAUGGGAAGCCCCCUGCAACAUGACAGAGCAGAGCUGGCAGCUGGUGGCAAAGAAGACAAGCGACAAGCACCCUGAGCCAGCCCAGUGGUCAACAGGAAGCCACACUCAGCACUCAGGAGGCACAGAGAGAGCAUACAAAGAAUGUGCCAUAAUAGCAACAGACCCUGGGAACUCUACGAUUCCAAAUUGAACGCAGCUGCUAGGUUCUAUACGUGGUUGGCAAAGGCAACUCUGAUGCAGCUAAGUCUGGCGUUAGAGGGAAAGAUGCUGCAGGGACUGCUUCACAUCUCUGAAGCAGUACAUGGGCAGCUGAUCGAACUCAAAACAGCCUUACAGUGGUGCUAUGGCCAAGUUCGAACCCCCACAGCCCAGCAAAGCUACUGCUAGGAUAGUUGCAUACCGUAGUGAGACAGGUCUACCUCCACUGUCCUGAAGAGAUACAGCACAACAUUGCCUAGUGGACAUCUAACCAACUAUAGUUUUAAGAGUUUGCCCCACAGAGAAUGUCUCCAUACUUUAAGAAGCCUCAGUCAGUCUUUAUUCAGACUUCAGCACUUUGUGGCAACAGACACCAAAGGCAACUAGUGCAAACUAGGUUUAAUCUUGUAUUCUAUUUCCUGUUAAUCCAAUCCAAUUAUAGGCUGAGUGCACAAGAACUGCUGGAUUGCAUAGUCCUUUUCAUGGAGCUCGAUUCAGAAACACUAGCGCAUAAUCUUGUCAUUGAGACUGGAAGAGAAGUUGCUUCGCUUCCACAGGCACCGUCCCAAAAACCUUGGGGUUGUUCUCACACACACACACACACACACACACACACAAAACUCAUAGCCUGAAACAAACCAAAGUGUAAGGCUAGACAAAGCCACUGACGCAAAGCAGACACGGCAGCAGUGAGAAAGUGCCAAAGAAAGAGACCUUUUCAUUUGCAUGCUAAUGGGCAUAAUAUAUGAGACAGAACGCAAGAUCAGCAGAUGAAAGAAGACUUUAAAGAGAUCACUGGAGAGGCAUCAGAUUUUCUUCCUCCUGCAUCUGGCUUCCAUCCCAUUCCAUUGAAGAUCCAUGGGAAAUGAUUUUGUUUGUUGGAGUUUGGACUGUCACAAGAGUCAUCAACAAAAUACAGAUGUCUAGAAAUAAAUAAGAUAUGAAGAACACAGUGGGACAGAUGCAAAGCUCCAAACUUAGAAUGCAUCUCUGGGGUUUAUCCAGUGUUCAUCUCUACAACCAGAUCAAGGCCAUCAAUCUGGGUUGAACACUUUUAUAGGAGUUCUUAGGUUUUUCAAAACAUAGAACAUGGUUUUAAUAAAAGCUACAGACUUCUAAUGCAUUUCAUUGCUAAAUUUCCCCUGAUCCUGAAAAAACCAACAUUAUGGCAACAGAUAAGAGCUAACCUUUCGCAAUAAUAAUAAUAAUAAUAAUAAUAAUAAUAAUAAUAAUACAGCAUUUAAGAUGAAUCAGAAGUCUUAAUUGCAUCUUUCUCUGAGGUACUAUUUCACAACGUCACAACACACACCACAGCUUGGAUGAAUUUUCGAAUCAGAAGGUGUGGAUUAAUUUUCUAUAACGGCGCGGCUCUGAUAUAAGUACUGGCUGGAACAUAAAUGAUGGGUUUAUAUAAAUGCACUAGUUCUGAUGCGUUAUCAUUUUUGUAAUAGCUCAUUCACGGGGAUUAUACGGCGGAUGCUCCAUAUAAGCUAAGCCUUAUAAUAAGCGGAUUUUUUUAAUUUGUGUUGUUAAUUAACAAAUUAACAACUUUGGUCAGAACUUUCUGGCCAUCCCAAAAACUUUGCUCUGGCCAUCCCAAAAACUUGAUUUUCUCCUUUUUCAGUCAUUCACUUUUUUCUUGCUGGUGUGCUUGGACUCAUCGUCCUGUUGUAUGACCCAGUUCCAGCCAGAAUGCACUGAUAUAAAGAGUUCAUGGUCAAAUCGAUGACUGGAAAGUGCCAAAGUCUUGUGGCUGCAAAGCAUACUAAAUUCUUUUUUAGUAACUGGAAAGUUGUACUGACUCAAAACUCUGAAUAAAAUAUGCUUUAUGCAAAUAUAGCAUUAAACAGCUGAGAAAGUAGUACAACACUGAUAUUAUUGAUUAUCUUGGUUAGAUCUGGACUAAAAGCAUUUGUUUAUGAAAAUUCAGAUACCUUAAUUUUAGGAUAAAAAUGUAUGCAUUUUGCAUAUUGCAUGUUUUUUUAUAUGUAAUAAAUGUAGAUACUGAUGUUGUUUAUGCCUGCGUGGGACAUAUCGAGCAGCUACCUGAUCUGCGUUCCCUGUGCUUUCAUUACAGAACUGUUGAUGUUUAUUUUAGAUGUUGCAAAAGUCAUUGUAGCAGGAAAGGAAAGGACUUUCUCCUGGCUACCCUUCCAUAAAUGCCAGGUUUGUUCAAUCUUCUUUUAAUAGUAGAGUCGUGAAAUUUAACAUUUAACAUUCUAAUGGAGGCCUGAAGAUUCAUAUAUGUCCUUCAUGGGUAUUUCUCUGAUCAUCAAAUGGUCUAAACAUGGGGUGAAAGUGCUGGGACAGUCACUCAACUUUGGCAGAACUUUAAGCACUUUGGUGCUCUAGUGCAAUAUAUAUUAAUAGCAUUGCAUAAGAACAAACAUCAGCCAUGAUCUCAGAGAAGUGACUGUUGCAGUUAACUGUUUUCAACUGGAAUUAUUUUAUUUGGAAAUGUUGCUUCUCUGAGAUCACUGAUUAUAUCUUUUUUUCUUGGCAUGAUGUUAAUACAAACUUGAAUGUACCAGACCACCAAACUGCUCUGCUUUAUAUCAGUGGCCUCCUGACUACCAGCUAAUAACGUGCUUUGAAUUUGCAGCUUUUGGUUGGAAAUUACUGUGUUAAUUCCUUUUUUUUUAACUUACAUAUUUUCACCCACAUGGCUUCUGCAUUAUGGAUUACUUCUUGGUAAAUAAAUAACAAGAUGGACAUAAUCUGUUAUGUGGAAGAAAAUUUCUUUAAUGUUAUUUGGGUUUGUUUUAUUUUUCAUUGAAAGAGGGUGUAUACAUAUAAGUCUACGCUUAAAUGUGGAGAGGCUGAGUGAGUUACAAGCAUCUAAAAUUAACUUCUAUCCAAACAAAGAGAAAUGGCUGAUGGUUGUGCUGAAGCAACAGGUUGGAACACAACAUAAAACUGGUCCAACCCCGUGUUGCUGUAGGAUUAUGCAAUCAUGUAUACCAUUGUGCUUGAAAGGCUGAAUAAAAUAUCUAUGAAGUGAACGAAUCAGAACCUGCUGUAAGAAAACACCUUGGAAAAGAUGAUUCAACUACUCCUCCAAAUCUUGUGAGUGGUGAUAGAGAUGUCUCACUUUGUGAUGAAGCAAGCAAAGGAGAAGUGGCCAGAGCAUCAAACUGCGUUUUAAGCAUUUGGAAGUCUGACAGACUUUGCACAUGCAUAAUAUACAAAAAGAAAAAGAUGGAUGGAAAUUAUAAAAGAGACGGCUGAAGGAGGAGGACGCUGUAUAAGAAAUGACCAGGUACCUGCCAAACAGCUGAGCUUUUAAUUUUUACUGUGGUGUGUGUGUGUGUGUGUGUGUGUGUGUGUGUGUAUAAAAGAGAGAUGAAGAAAGAAAGAGACGGUAGAGGAAGUGUUCAGACACCUGACUUUAGUUCAGAUAGAGAGAGACCAUGUGUUUGUGUAUUGUAAUUAGCGUGUGAGUGAUCAGUCUGCAUGUGUGUACGUGUUUCUGUGUCUGUCUGCCUGCCUGUCUGUCUGUCUUUCUUGGUAAAUACCAUCUGGAUGGAAACUGUAUAGGCCUACUGGGUGCGUGUGUGUGUGUGUGUGUGUGUGUGUGUGUGUGCACGAGUGUGUGAGUGUGUGAGAGAGUAUCUGCUCUGCCUCUUUCUGAAUGGCUCCAUUCAUGGUGGUGAACGCCAUUGUUCCUGAUAAGGGCUUAGCAUAGAACAAUCCUGAAUCUCAGAUCUGUGUGUGUGUGUGUGUGUGUGUGUGUACAGGAAUUGAUGGGUGGGGGACAGCUCUCUGACAGAAACGUCAGGAUCGGUAAUCUGACGACAGCCAAAACGUCUUUCUGAACUGAAUAUAAAACCAUGAGAACAUUCCUCCAGCCAAAAAUGAGUUUUAGGAUAUUUUACAAAGUAAAUUUCACGAAGACCUUUUUAGAAACAUGUAAAGGAAAUGAAUACAGCCAUAUUCUGAAUGGUGUUUAGCUUCGCCAGGCUCAAAAACACAACUUGCUGAUUGUCUUAACAUCAGCAUCAAUAACAAGCCAAUACCACAAACUAGCAUGACCCCAAACAUUAUUACCAACAUUCAUUCAGUUUUUUUUUUUUUUUUUUUUUUUCAUCAGUGACUGCUUUAUCCUGGCCAGGGUUGCAGUGGAUCUGGAACUGAUCUUGGCUGGGAGGCAGGAAUACACCCUGGAUGGGACACCAGUCCAUCUCAGGUUUUCAGGUCUUAAAAUCAUGGUGUCACUGCUCCUGCUGUCCCUACCUCUGCUCCCUGUGGUCAUCACACUUUGCCAUUCACCGCUGCGGGCCCUUUAUCAUUGUGUGUGUGAGAGAGUGCUGAAGCUCCUGCGUGGGAAAGUAUGUGUCAGACACACACAUGCCUACAUCUUCUCUGAGUGUACCCACGGUCAGGCUGAAAGUGUGCUGGCCACGUUCGACCUUUACAUCAAAACACACGCGUCUUUCAGCAUCGGGCCAGAAAAAGGUGUGUUCCUGGAUGAGGUGGUGCAACGUGAGGCUCCUCACAGGGUGCUGGAGUUGGGCAUGCACUGUGGCUACACCUCCGUCCGAAUACUGCGUCUGCUCCCCACCUCUGGCAAACUGUUCACGGUGGAGGUGGACCCGCUUACUGCCGAUAAAGGCGAGGAGAUCCUACUUGUUGCGGGUUUCAAAAAUUCACAGUUCCAGGUGCUACCCUGCUCCUCAGCUGAAGCCAUCUCCAGGUUAGCAUCUCACCUCGGUGAGGACCUUUUGGACCUCGUGGUGAUGGAUCAUGACCCUGAGCAGUAUCUCUCAGACCUUCUGGCCCUUCAAAGAGAGAAUCUACUCUCUAAGCGAAGUGUCCUCAUAUUAAACAGAGGUGUGGAAGCUGGUGCUCGGGUCAUGCUGGAGUACAUCGCCACCGAGCCACACAACUACACCGUGUGCCAGCAGGUUAAAGACAUGCUGGAGAUCCGCUGUCAUAUGGACACUCAUCUACACAGAGAAGAGUUUUAACACAAUACAGACUGUGAUUUUAGGUCUGAAAUAUACAGUCAGCUCAACACUUACAGCACCCUUCAUGAAAAUAAGCAAAACAUUCAUGUAAAAUGAUUGACAUGUACAAUGGGUGAUAUGUUGAGUUCAGACAAAUGGGAAUUCUGUGUAGUUUUAAACAUGACAUUUUGUAAAAGAUAAAAAUCCUUAAACCUUCUUAUUAUUCUGUUAUUUAUUUCAUUUAAAAGUACUAUUAUUAAAUGAUUAUUACAAAUUUUGUAACUAAAUAGAGAUUAAUAUGAAUUGUAUGUAGUUACUUGAGGGAAGAAUGUAAUCUGGACCUGUCAACAAGUCCUCGCUGAACAAAACUGUUUUCAAUAUCACCAUCCCAAUAAUUAAUAUUUGGCAAAGCCUUUUUCCGGAGAAAAAUAACAUCACUGAGACUCUUCCUCUAAUGUCUUAAAAGAUUGGAAACACUGGGAGAGGGAUCUUGACUCAUUCCUCCAUGUGAAACAUUUCAAGUUUUUAAUAUUCCUAGCUUUGCUCAUGUGGACGGAUCUCUUCAAUUUAGACCACAGGCUUAUAAAAUCCAGAGCCACAGAUAUCCAUUGUGUGAUAGAAUAACAAAUUAAUUUUCUUAGUCAAUGAGUUUCCCCUAAUUUAUUUGUACAUGGAAAUUUUGUGAUGAUUACUCCAUUAGUUUAAUAGUUAUUAAUAAGCAUUUAAAAGCGAACUCUAAGUGACGUUUAAUUCAACUGUUAAUGUUCUUGUAAACAACUCUUUUGUGUUGUUCUUAGGGAUUUUCUAUCAUAAUUGAGAGAAAACAUUCCACUUGAGUUCGUAUUUUAUUAUCUUAAUCUCUACCUAAAGAGCGCAAUGUAGCAGCACUUACACUUGGCACAGGAUCACCGAAACUGGGCAGACGAAGAUUGGAUCAGGUGACAUUUUUUCCAACCAUCAACUGUCCAGUUUUAGUAAGCCUAUUCCUACUGUAGCCUCAGAUUCCUGUUCUUGGUUGACAGCAGUGGAACCUGAUGUGGUCUUCUGCUGGUGUAGCACAUCUGCCUCAGUUAUUAACCAUGUUGUGUGUUCUGGGAUGCUUUUCUGCUCACCAUGGUUGCAAAGAGUGCUUAUUCAUGUUACUGUCAGCUCAAACCUAUCUGGCCAUUUUCUUCUGAUCUCUCUCAUUAACAAGCCUUUUCCACCUGCAGAACUGCUUUUUUUGUUUGUGUGUGAGUGUGUGUGUGUGUGCGUGUGUGUGUGUGUUUGUUUUCUGGUUUUGCACCAUUCUGUGUAAACUCUAGAGGCUGUUGUGGGUGAAAACUGAAGCUCUUGACUAUUAUCUGCAUCAUUUUAUGCAUUUUGGUGCUGCCACAUGAUUGGCAGAUUGGAUAAUUGCAUGAAUGAGCAGGUGUAGAGGUGUUCCUAAUAAAGUGAUCUCCAAAGGUGAUACCAAAAAUCAGACUGCUCCUUGUGCCAGUGACAUAAUCCAAAUAGGAUAUAAUCAAGCUUUUUCACUCUUGUUUCCUCUCACCUCACACAUACAUGCUGAUGCAUUGACAUUACCCCUAAAUGUCAAGGAGUGCAUGAGAGUGUGUAUGUGUGAUUCCCUCUGAAUGAAUGAAUGAAUAUUUUUUGUUGCAUUUUUUCCAGCUAUUUCACUUUUGUUGCUCUUUAUAAGUGUAAUUUGUUAUGUUUAGAAGCAUUUCAAUAUGUAUAAUAAUUGUGAAUAAUAAAAUCAUUUCCACCAAGCCUUU